CAGCUAAACUAAACAUUUGUGUUAAGCCAAUUAUUUGGAAUUUGAGAUCCUCUGAGAUCCUAAUCAUAUCGUUUACUAUCUGCACACAGGCCGGAGAUUCCGCCGGUAGAUGUAGCAGCGGUAGAAAUUGACCGACAAUUUUGAGGAUCUUCCUUGAUGUCGCCCCAUGUGGAGGAGGGACCCAACAAGGUCCAUCUGCCAGUUCAAUCAGCUUCACUGAACAGCAAAGGCCACAGCUGCCCUGGAUUGACAGAGCACGUCCACAUGGCUCUCUCAUGUUCUUCUUCUUCUGAAGAUAGUUCUGUGGUCACAUCUGGCUAGGAUGAAUUAAUGGCUAAAAUUCCUUGGCUUCAAUGGUUUUUUACUCCCAAAAAAAGAAAGGUUAAACCAGCACGCUUACUUCUCCCACUCCAAAAGUGGAUUUUCCUGCCAUCGUAGAAGGAAAGAAUCUACGGCGAGCCCUUCAAAGUGUGCUUCAAGAACUCAGAAAGAUUGGUAUUCAAGCAUAAGAAAAGUUCAAGAUUCCAGUAUCGAGCAAAAAGUGGAUUGAGUGUGGUGAAAAUCGAAACUGGGACCUUAUCUUUGCAACUCAAACAUCAUCCAACUCAAACUGGGACCUCUCUCCCCCUCCCUCUCUCUCUUCCCCUCCCGGUGCCCUAGGUUUGGUGGCGAUCUCUCCUUCUCCGGCGGCCUUCGGCGGCGAUCUUCUUCUCGGGUUUUUUGUAAGUUGGGAGCCUGAAAAGUGUUGAUUGAUAAUGUCUUACGCAUACUUAUUCAAGUACAUAAUCAUUGGGGAUACAGGUGUUGGUAAAUCAUGCCUUCUCCUGCAGUUCACUGACAAACGUUUCCAACCUGUGCAUGACUUGACAAUCGGUGUUGAAUUUGGUGCUAGGAUGAUAAAUAUUGACAACAAGCCGAUCAAACUUCAAAUAUGGGACACAGCUGGGCAAGAAUCUUUCAGAUCAAUAACUCGAUCUUAUUACAGAGGAGCUGCUGGUGCUCUUUUGGUUUAUGAUAUUACAAGGAGAGAGACCUUUAACCAUCUAGCAAGCUGGUUGGAGGAUGCCAGGCAGCACGCAAAUGCGAAUAUGACAAUUAUGCUGAUUGGUAACAAGUGUGAUCUUGCACACAGAAGAGCUGUCAGCACCGAAGAAGGUGAACAGUUUGCAAAGGAACAUGGUUUGAUAUUUAUGGAGGCAUCUGCCAAAACUGCCCAGAAUGUUGAGGAGGCCUUCAUAAGUACUGCAGCUACCAUCUAUAAGAAGAUUCAAGAAGGUGUCUUUGAUGUCUCAAAUGAGUCCUACGGAAUUAAAGUUGGCUUUGGAGGGGGAAUUCCUGCCACCGGAAGAGAUGGUACUGUAACACAGGGAGGAGGCUGCUGCAGUUGAGAACAAGGUGGCCACAGAUUCAAUAUUCAGCUUUUCGUGCUUGUGUGAUUCUACAUCUAAACUCAAUCCCCUCGAACGUCGAACCCUGUCCUGAUAACUUGUGAACCAUCCUUGUUUCUGUUUGUUUGUACAUUCUGUGAAUGAAGUUCCUUAUAUUCAAUUGUACGUAUGUUCCGACUUUGUCAUUGUGCCGUUCUUUCUCUUCCUCUUAUAAAUAAAGCCAUGUCUUAAGUCCUU